AUGGGCACCCUUUCGAAGGCGAAGGGACAAAUUCCCUUUCAACUGUGGUCCCUUGUGACGGAGAUCGAACGCUCGCUAAGUACAGAAAAUUUGGAACCACCCAGGGACUUGAGUAUGGCCCAGAACUUUCUACUCACUCAGCUGCCAUUGGUGGAGGCCAUGACGCUCAAUGAGCGUCGGCGACUGGAAGUCGAGUUCCUCGAUAUCUUAUUCCAACACGAAAUGGAGACACAUGCGUCCGUACCACUGGGUCCCGAAGAGCAGGCCACAGUCAAGACCGAAUACGAUGAAUUCCUCAGAUCUGUUCGGGUCAAGGAGCUGCCCAUAUCGGCUCUGGCACAACUCUCGCUUGAUGGUCCUCAGUACAAACCAGUCCAACCAAAAAUCGCACACACUUUUGCCAUCCCAGGUCCCCGUCCCAAAACCAAUCUGGUCAUUAGCAGUGUGUCUGGUGGCCAGGAUCUCAUUAAUGUCCCGACGGCGACUGUUUUCAUACCGAUUCAAGCUUUCACGAGCAAUGUGGUUGGACCCAUUAAUCCCGCGCCGGACGUUUCGACACCGCUUGAUAUCAAUGUGAUUGGUGCCAAGAAGGAACCCGUUGAGUGCCCGCCGUCUGUUUCACCACCGCUGGACAUUAAGACAGAAGAGGCACAAGAGAAAUCACCGGAGAAAAACCGCACUCCCGUGGAGAAGCCCGAUGAUGCCACUCUAAAUCCUAAUCCGCGGUAUAUACCGAUCAAGAGCGCCAAGUACUACACAAAGAAGCUACUCGUUCGGGUGAAGCGCAUUGAUUAG